UGUUCUCAUCAUCUCCCAUCACACACACACACACACACACUCUCUCUCUGGUUUCAGCUUGGUGAGAUUGAGAUGCUUGUGAGCCACUUUUCCUUGUGAAUUCAGCUGGAUUUGUACCAUCUCUUUCCUUUCCUGGACUUAAGCAGAGAGCUCUGCUUAGUAGCCCGACAUGGAGAAGGACCAAUGCCUUCUGCUGGCCGAGCUAGCUCGAACUCGGAAGCUGGUGGGACAGAUGGAAGCUGAACUCCAUCGACAUUCUGCAAACGAGUCCUGCAAGGCACUGCUCCGGGAAUUGUUCGCCUCGAUUGAGAAGUCCAUUUGCAUGGCUAAGACAAGCAGACCAGACUCUUCCCGCCCCUCCUCAGGCGAGAGCUCGCAGAGCGAUCCGUCCAAACCAGGCUUCAAGGAUCACACGCCGAAGAAGAGGAAGACAUUGCCCAAGUGGACUAGCGAGGUGAGAGUGAGCUCAGCCGCCGGAGGAGUCUUCGAAGGGCCUGUCGAUGAUGGCUAUAGUUGGAGGAAGUAUGGCCAAAAGGACAUCCUCGGAGCCAAACAUCCAAGAGGCUAUUACAGAUGCACGCACCGCGUCGCUCAGGGUUGUCCGGCAAUGAAGCAGGUGCAGCGAUCGGACGAGGACCCGCUGCUCUUCCAUGUGACCUACCAUGGGAUGCACACAUGCCUUCGGAAGCAGGGGCAAAAGCAGCGGAGACCAAAGGAAGACGAGCAUCAGACAGGGCUCAGAGUUGAGGCCUCCUCCCUUUCCUUCUCCUUCGAAUCGGGACUGGAAGCUGCGGCAGCGAGGGAGAACAUGUUUCCCUCACCCGCAACAAUCGAGAACUGUUUCAGUAGCUCGACCUCUCCCACCUUUCGGUCGCCGGCGGCGUCCGACUCGACCUUCUUGUCGCUGUCUCGAUGCGCAUUCGAAGACGGAAUCAAGCUCUGGAGCCCGGAAUCCGACGUGACAGAGAUGGUAUCAGGAGCUAAUUCUGCCGCCAAUCCCCCUGCGGUGGACAUGGAUUUCAUGCUCCAAGAGCUGGACUUCGAGGCGGACUUCUCCAGCUUCUUCUCAUGAGACCCGGAACAGAAUCCAAUUCGUUACACUCACUACACAA